CGCGGCCCGGAGGGAGCGCGCCCCGGGUUACGCCGGCGCCCGAGAGCGGAGCGCGGCGGGGAGGGCGCCAUGGACCCCAAGGCGGGCGGCGGCGAGGAGGAUGACUGCGUGGACUCGGGCGCCGAGACCGGAGGGUCUGACUACAGCCACAUGUCCUCCACCAGCAGUGAGCUUUCCUUGGAGGAGGCGCAGGACCCUUUCCUGGUUAGCAUCCACAUCAUCGCAGACCCAGGGGAGUCCCAGCCCCUGCAGGAGGCCAUCGACAAGGUCUUGGCUUGGAUCCACCCCGACCUCCAGCUGUUCAGGGUCUCUGAAAGGAGGGCGUCCCGGCGGCGGAGGAAGCCGCCCAAGGUGGCACAGCCGGCGCUGGCGGUGGUUCUCUUCCUGCAGGAGGAGUACGGCGAGGAGCAGAUCCUGCAGCUGCACCGCACGCUGCAGCGGCCGCCCUGGCGCCACCACCACACGGAGCGCGUGCCCGGCAGGUUCCUGCCCUACCUGCCCUGCAGCCAGGACUUCUUCACGCUGGCCCCCGGGACCCCGCUGUGGGCCAUCCGGCCCGUGCACUACGGCAGGGAAAUCGUGCGCUUCACCAUCUACUGUCGCCACGACAACUACGCCGACAUCCUCAAGUUCUACGAGCUGAUCCUCAGGCGGAGCCCCAGCCAGAGGAAAACGGACUUCUGCAUCUUCCCCAUUUUCUCCAAUCUGGAUGUGGACAUCCAGUUCUCCCUGAAAAGACUGCCCUGUGACCAGACCCCGGUCCCCACCGACUCCUCGGUGCUGGAGUUCCGAGUCAAGGACAUCGGCCAGCUCGUGCCUCUCUUGCCAAACCCCUGCAGCCCCAUCAGUGAGGGGCGCUGGCAGACGGAGGACCACGACGGGAACAAGAUCCUUCUGCAGGCACAAAGGGUACACAAGAAGUGUCCCAAACCCAGCAGAGCUCACCACUCCUCAGAGCACAAACCUCAUUCCAUGCCUUCCUCGAGCGCCACUGCACUGAGCUGUACACCCGGCAGCAGCCAGCAGCCUCUGCUGGACAGUUCACACCUGGGGCUCAGCCAGACGGGCCCGCCUACUGGGCACCAGCAGGAAUUUGCCAGACGAGCCAGCAUCCCUCCCAGCCUUCCCUGGUCUUUCCAGAGAAGCAAGUCCUUGUUUUGCUUGCCCACAGGAGACCCUUCCCCAGCCUCUUCAGCUGUACCACAGUGGUUUUCAAGCACAGGUGCCCCAGGGCACAGGGCAUCGGAGUGGAGGCACGGCCACCUCUUCUCCAUCGAUGACUUAGAGGGGGCCCAGGAGACCGACGUGGACACAGGCCUGCGGCUGUCCUCCUCGGAUCUCUCUGUGGUCUCUGCGUAUUCUGCACCCAGUAGGUUCUGCAGCACUGUGGAAACAUCCCUCCCCUCCGAAAGAUGCAGCAGCCCUUGGUCAAAGCCCAAAGAUUCCAGAGAAGGACCACUGCCCACGGGGAGUGAGGUGACCACGGAGACCUCCUGGGCUUCCCUCCCUUUCUCCACCAAAGGGCCUCCCAGCUCCUCAGGGACAGCUCUUGCUGCUUCCCCAGCUUCUGGUGCCUCCUCACUCGCAGAGUCACCCCCAGAGCUCCCUCGUGAGGCUCCCAACGCCAAGCAGAUGGGCAGAGACGUCCCACCACCCCCAGCACUGGCUGGACCCGGGGACAAUGACAUGGAGGAAUUCUACAUCUGAACAGCCUCUACUCUUGUUUUUCAAGCACGUAAACUCAGACACACAGGCUCAGGCCCCACUGUCCUUCUGGGGUCUGAACGCCACCCGGCUUCUCAGCCCCACCGCCCCUGGUCUGUCUGGGAUCUAAUUAUCUGUUUCACAGGAAUCGUUAGCACAGUUGCCAUACCACCGAUUCUUACUGAGAGGUGGUAUAUUCUAGGGACUCGGUAGAAAAAUACUGGCAUUUUUAUGCAAAUAAAUUCUCAACAAACUUAAGUCGUAAAAUAUAUUUUUCGAAUACUCAGUUCCGUUUGAGAUAUGGGUUAGUGCACUUGUACAAUUUAAAUGCUUCAUAUAAUUAUUUGAAGUGAAAGGAAAACCCAGUCAGCCAGAGCUGAUUUGGCAAUUUUUCAUGCUGUGAAAGAGAAACAAGUGCAGCUAAAAUGUUGAAUGUGAGAAAGAUAUUAAGUGACUUGCGUGAGAGAUUAGUGCACAAAAACAUAACGUGCACCUCGUGGAUUCUCCACGUACACUUACAUUACCAGGGAACAGUGGCCCUGAGAAUUUCCACGUACGGCUUACAGGAAAAAAAGUCUGCUUGAUAAGACAGUAAACAUAUAUCAGGCUACAGUAACACCAGCCUUGGAAACCAGGCAACAUCUGAAAAUCUGGA